AUGCGGGAGAACACCUUUCUCGGCGACUUUUUCGCCUACGUUGGCUUCGUUCCACUCACCACCCAGAGGAUGCCCCCGGCAGAGAAUCAGCUCGAUGCGGGUCCAUCGACCUGCACGUUCUGGUGUGCGGUUGCUCUGGGGGCGCUUGUGAAGGGGGGCCCCGCAACUUCGGUGGCGAGAUCUUCCGAGCUGGCCAGAGAUGCUGUGGAACGUCAUUCGGGCCCUGUGACUACCGGAGUAGCAAAAGCCUGGGUAAUUCUGGCCUACCUCUACCUCUUUCAUGGAGACACGGAUGUAUUUCAAGAGUACAUGGCACGUUCAGAAGCAUUCUUCAGUGCUUCCGGGGCGUACGGCUUCACCGAGGAUCUACCAGUGGGAUUUCCCGAGGUUGUCAGUCACAGGAUGACCGUCCAGAUGUUUUCUGGGGAUGCAAGCACCGCGGAAGUGGAGUCGUUUUGCCGCCAACCACAAGUUCCCCCACAGUUGAAUACAGCAGCAUGCGAGACCGAGCUGUACGCAUACAUGAAGAAGGCGCACCGAGAGUUCGAGCAAGCUGUCUACCGAGUGGCGUACCUUGAGAGCUCUGACGCCGGCGGGCUACCGCUCGAAAACUAG